GUAGGUUUUACCCGUGGUGGGCUUGUGGUUGUUCGCCUUGUGUUUUUAACGAUAAAACUGUACAAUAUUAUAAACUUUAACAUUGUCGUGAUAGUGACAUUAUAUAUUUCCGCUUGAAUGAUGAAUCUUCUGUUUUGAAAGGAUGAUAUAUUUUCUAGUGAAUAUUAUAUUUUUAAUACCAACUUAACUAGUGAUAAAAAUGAAUGGUACAUCAAUAAGACAGAAAUCGUCAUCAUCAUAUAAAAGAAAAAGAAAAAAACUGUCAAUUUCAUCUGUUAGUCAAAACAGUAAAUUCCAGCAAAAAGUCAAGUCAUCUCCCUCAACAAGCAAGAACAAUACAAAAUGUGCAAACAUCAUGAAUGCAAAACUUCCAGAACUAAAAUCUCGUCCGCUAACAGCAAAAUUGACAGAAGUACCAAGUAGAAUAACACCAUCACCAAAGAAUCUAUUACCUCCACCAUUUGAAAGACGGAAAAAGGUUGCUUUAUUGACAGCUAUUAAACCAGAAAAUGAAAAAUCUGAGAAAGAAAGAUUUAUGCGUGCUCAUUUUGUUUAUAAUCCCUUAUUUAUCUACAAAUAUCCAGCUGAUAGUUCAGUUAUCGAAAAAUUCAACAAACCAUCCGCUCGUUAUUUAACACAGGCCAUCCUCAUAAUGGAAAAAGCUUUAGCUAGAUAUGGAAGUUAUGAAAUAUUUGAGGAAAUUACAGGGGGGCCUAUUUUAAAUAGACCUUAUAUUUACACUCUUGUCCGAAAGUAUUUGAAAAAAGAAAAUCUAGAGAACGACAUUAAUAUAAACUUAAGUGAAGAUUUACUUUCACGUGGAUCUAUGACUCAAGUUAAGGGUCGACCAACUGUUAAUGUUAGAAUUGUCAAUCUGAGAGAGCAGUGGGCCGAAGGACUUCUGCGCCAUGAAAUAGGUACCCAUUAUAUACGCAGCUGUAACAAUCAAUAUCAAUUAUGGGCCAACUUUAGGACCAGAAGAGAAUUAGGUCUUUUACCAUUAAACCCAACCGAAGAAGGUUUGGCAUCUUUACAUAGUGUUUUGACAAGGACUGAUCCCUUACUGUGGCGUGCUGCUUUAUUAUAUUACACAGCUUAUAAAGCUUCAGUUUUAUCUUUUAAAGAACUUUUUCAUGAUCUGGAACAAUUUGUGCACAGUCCUAAUGUGAGAUGGGAUUAUUGUAUUCGAGCAAAACGGGGGCAAACAGAUACGUCCAAACCAGGGUCAUUUUGCAAAGAUCAAGUAUAUCUAGAUGGAGCUCUACAGAUACUUAAAAGACGCCACACCUUAGAUUUUAGUCUAUUGGUCAGACUAGGUAAAGUCUCCCACAGGGAUAUUGAGUUAUUAGAAGAUAUUUGUGAAUUAGAAAAUACUAAAAUACCUAGUUUUAUGAAUGACAUGAAUCUCUAUAAAAGACAAAUAGAUAGGAUAGCUGAUGUGAACGGUUUAACAGAUAACAUUUUAGCAGAAGUGGAAUAAUUUUUAUUUUGUGGCUUUAUGUAAACGUCUACUGUAAACUUCGCAUAAGUCGGACCUUCGCUCAACUCUGAUAAAAUCGUUUGGACCCUUUGAUCCUGCACGUUUUUAUACGGCCACGUUUUCAUGUGGACGUAUUAUGCUGUCCGUCCGGACGUCCACAAUUGUUUGUGGACUCUCUACAGGUCACAAUUCUUAUCCGAUUUUGACGAAACUUGAAAUAUAGGUUUAUCCCCAAAAGAUCUCGGCUGCUUUCGAUAUUAGCAUGUAUCGGAUCGAAACUUCAUGGAUUAUGGCCCCCUGAUUGUACGAAAAAUCACGUUUUUAGCUUGUGGACCCUAUAGAGGUCACAAUUUUUAUCUGAUUUUUUUGAAACUUGAAAUGUAAGUUUAUAACACAAAGAUCUCGGUUCCUUUUGAUAUUCGCGCAUAUCGGACCGUAACUUCCUGAAUUAUGGCCCCUGAUUGUACGAAAAAUCGCGUUUUUAGCCUGUGGACCCUAUAGAGGUCAUAAUUUUUAUCCGAUUUAAAAAAAACGUAUUAUUAUAUCACCGUUACACCCUAAGGAAGGUUGAGUUCGAAUGGCCGCCGUUCGUUCUCAAAUAGCGUAAAAAUAUGGUAUAUCAAGGUUGUGGACCCUAUAGAGGUCACAAUUUUCAUCCGAUUUUGUUGAAACUUGAAAUGUAAGUUUAUAACACAAAGAUCUCAGUUCCUUUUGAUAUUCGCACAUAUUGAAUUGUAAUUUCCUGAAUUAUGGCCCUUGAUAGUAGGAAAACUCACUUUCUUGUUAGCUUGUUCUCUAUCCAUCUCUUGAAAAUGUGGGCGUAUCCUGCCUGGCAGCCGCUGGUUCUUAUUAAAUAUCUGCGCGUAAGUCGGAUCUUUGCUCAACUUGGAUCAAAUUGUUAGGUCCAUUUGAUCUAAUUCCGGCUUCAUUACCAUCGCCUAAGUCGGAUCAGCAGUAUGUUCACAACAUGCUGUUAAAAAUACGACCCCCUCCUCCAAAUACUGGGCAGCUCACAAAUUUGCGCAACUCGGCCAUUUAAGAUGAAACGAAAUUGGAAUUUUUGAUUUUAAUUGGGCUAGGCAAAGCAAUAAUUGACUGAAGUUUCUCAACUUUUUAAUGAUUCUAAUUUUUUCCCACCCCAGCUUACCUAAAUUUCGUUUCGUUAUAUAUGGCCCGUGCCAAAGCCGUUUAGCAGAAGGGGACUCAAUUUUAACACCAUGUUGUGUUGCACAUACAGACUCUAGCGAGGUAAGCAAGGUCUUAUUUUCUCACUAAAAUGUUCCUGUACAUUGUUCAGGCGUUCACAGAGAAUGACAUACAACCGUUUAGCAGUAAAAAGUUGCCCAGUAAAAUUGACUGGGAACCAAUUUUAUUUCGACAUGUAUUCAAUAGGACGAUACCUGAACGUACAGGGCGAUAAUGAGACCUAUGUUCAGAGCUGAACUAGGUCCUCGGCUAACUCGGAUCUUCGCAUAACUCGGAUAAAAUCGAUCAGUCCAUUUAGAUCCGACUUAUGCGAAGUUUACUGUAUUUGAAAUACAUGUACGUAGUCAUUAGUACUAAUAUUAUUAAAAUGACAUGUCUUUGAGGGUAUGCUUUUGUAUGUGUGUAAAGAAAUAUAUUAUGUAAAUUUAUUUAGAAAUGUUGUCUUUUAAAGAUAUUUUCCCUUGUACAAACUGUGUGAUUGAUUUGAUGAUAUAUUUUAGACUAAAAAAAUAUUCAAACUAAUUAAUCUAUCAAAAAUUUACUUCAAAUCCCUCUCAAAACUGUGUAUUUGCAGGGAGAUACACCAAACUAUAAAAAAAUCUAUUUUUAGAAGCCAUGUUUGUCACCUACCUUGAUUGAGGGAGGGUCCAUUUUUCAGAAUGUAUUUGUCAUUAGUUAUUGUCCAUUUACCAUACGUACGGAGGCCUAAGUAAAUUCUUGAAUUAUUUUCUGCCAACUUGUUUUUCUGCCGUUUAACCAUUUGAUCAAGAAAUAACAACCCUACCUAUUAAGUCAAGCUGGCAGACAACACAACCUCCCACUACAACUGGUCAAAUCUUCAUGUAGUAGAGGCCAUCAAAAGUAUACAAAAACGGAACGGAAUAUAGAUCUGUAUUUUAAUCAGAUUGUGGGAAAUUACCACCCAAUACUUUUGAGGGUAUGUAUGUUUAAGUGAUGAAGAAAUUAAAACUUAAAACUACCA